AGCACACCCAAACAGAACACAACAGCCCAGCGUGUUCCUUCCUUCCUUCUCUGUCCUGAAUUUUUCACCGUCAAUCAUGCCCUCUCGCCAGAUUCCGCCCCCACCUCACAGCGGUUACCAGAACCACCGUCUCCCUCCUGUUGCCGGCGGCGUCGCCGCAUCGUUCUCCCUCCUCAUCCUCUUUAGCCUUUGCUUCCCCAAGCUUAAGCGCGCCGUCCCUUCCGACUCCAAGUCCCCUCGCCAACUCUCUUACUCCGCCCUACGCCUCGCCACAUCCUCCUUCUCAGCCUCCCGCCGCCUUGGCCGCGGCGGCUUCGGUUCCGUCUACCGCGGAACUCUCGACAACCAAGAAUUAGCCGUCAAGGUCAUGGACUCUGGUUCCCUCCAAGGCGAGCGAGAAUUCCAGAACGAACUUCUGUUCGCCGGAAAAUUAGACUCUGAUCGCAUCGUAUCCGUCGUCGGCUUCUCCAUGGACCGAAAAAGGCGACGUAUGUUACUGGCCUACGAGCUCAUGAAUAACGGAAGCUUGCAAGAUUGCUUGCUCCAUCGCAAGUGUGCGCAGCUGAAGGAAUGGAAGAAGCGGUUCGCUAUCGCAAUUGAUGUAGCGAAGGCGCUCGAGUAUCUCCACCAUUACUGUGACCCGCCGGUGGUUCACGGCGAUAUAAAGCCGAGUAAUGUACUGCUGGAUCAGGAUUUCAAUGCGAAGAUUGGGGAUUUUGGAUUAGCGAGGUUGAAAUCGGACGAUCAAUGUGAGGUUGCGGUGCAAAACGGUGGCGUUGAAGAAACGGAGAGUGUGGCAACAACGACGCCGGAGAGCUUUCUUAAGCUUGAAGUCCCCGGGACGUCACCGGAGAUUAGAGUUGAGGUGUCGCCGGAGACUGUAAAGGCUGCGGCGUCACCGAGCAGUGACUUAGCAGGGGCAUCACCGACGACAGAGGAUUUGGAGAAGGCUAACGCCCCGGAGAGUAGAGAGAACGAUGGGGCAGAGCUCAGAAUUGUGAAGGACUACGUGAUGGAAUGGAUUGGUUCUGAGGUAAAGAAUGAAAGGCCCAAAAUUGAAGAAUGGAUUGGAGUUUCUUCGAGCUCUGGGGUGGUUGGGAAAUCAGGGACAAAGAAGAAUAAGAAGCGGUUGGAUUGGUGGAAAAUGCUCGAUGAGGAAAAGACGGUGAAGAAGGAGAAGAGGAGACCUGCAAGGGAGUGGUGGAAGGAGGAGUAUUGUGAAGAACUUGCAAGAAAGAACAAGAAGAAGAAAAAACAAGAAGGGUCAGCGGGUGAUGGUAAUAACACUGAAAAUUGGUGGCCUGUAGAUGAGACUUUGUAUGUUGAUGGAAAGAAGAAGAAGAGGACUAGGAGCAGGAGUAGUUUUGGUAGUUUGGAUUGGUGGUUGGAAGGGCUUGGUGGCGAGCUGCGGAAAGCACGACUCAACAGCCAUGACUCUGCCAGUGGUGUUAGCAGCACCCCAAGUAUGAGGGGGACUGUUUGUUACAUUGCCCCUGAGUAUGGCGGCGGCGGCGAACUAUCUGAGAAAUGUGAUGUUUAUAGCUUUGGGGUUCUGUUGUUAGUUCUGAUUGCUGGGAGAAGGCCGCUUCAGGUGACAGGUUCGCCCAAGUCUAGAUUUCAUCGUGCCAAUCUUCUAUCUUGGGCUCGUCAUCUUGCACGUGCAGGGAAGCUCCUUGAUUUGGUAGAUCAAUCAGUUCACUCUUUGGAUAGGGAGCAAGCUCUUUUAUGCAUUACUGUUGCACUCCUCUGCCUACAGAAGCUGCCUACUCGCCGGCCUUCUAUGAAGAAAGUGCUGGGAAUGCUUUCUGGAGAGUUAGAAUUUCCACAGCUACCAGUUGAGUUAUCCCCUGCUCCUCCCUCCCGCAUUCCACUCAAAUCACUGAAGAGGGUCCGGUAAGUUUAAUAUCAGUGUGAUUUUCUUGAACAAUUGUAUGCUGUAGAAUAUUGUUUCAUAAUAUAUAUAGAGUUGAGGAUGCAAAAAUAGAGGAAAUAGAUGUUAAAAUUGCCCCUGAAUUCACAUAUUAAUACAAUUUGGAAGAUAUCAACAUAUGAAUGUAGCACAUUAUGAUA